UCUUUUAAGGUUUAUUUGGGGAAGGGUUUUUUUAUUCUUCUCUGAAUUGCGGUUCAUCUCAAUUUGCGGGAUUAUUAAGGGAAAAAUUUUUUCUGAUUUUUUUUUUGAUAUUUCUUUUUAAUUUUGGGGUUAUGUGUUUAUGCUUAUGGGGCAGUUUUCGAGGGUCGAAUAAUUUCGUCAAAAAAAUUUUUAUAUUUUUCUUUGAUACUAAUACGUUGUUGGGGAGCCUUCAGGGAGCCUUCCUCUUUCCUUUGGGUAUUUUUGGGUUUUUUACAGACAUAUGAAAGUUUCCGUGUUAGCUGGGGUCGAAAAAUUUUGUGAAGUAUUCGAAAAACUUUUCUAUCUUUUUGAGUCCAUUUUAAGCUAUCUUGUUUAUUUUUAAUUGUUGGGUUAUUUUUCAUUUGUGUCUCGACACUUUUUUUCUUUCUUCUUUUAUUUUGUCACCAACUUGUUGACAAUAUCAAUGAAUUUUUGGGGGCAUUAAAAAGAAAUUUUUCUUGCUUUUUUCCUUUUUUUAUUUAUUUUUUUUUUUUGAGAAAAUGUUGACACAAAGACAGAUUGAGGGGGUUGGUCGACCGACGGACGUGGCAUAGACGGAUGGAUGUUCUCUCCCUUUUGUCCCCCUUUUUUGCAUCCUUUUUUACCUCAUUAAUGAGUGGUAAAGUAAAAAGAAGACGUAACACCAAAAGAAAAAUGUGGGCUUUUUUAAGUUGCUUUAACUUAAUGCCUUUAUUUAUUUUGGAAGGGGAUUUUUUUUAUUUUGGAAGGGGAUUUUCUUAGGUAAGGAUUUUUGGGGAGGAUUUUUGCAAGGAUUUUUAAGGGAAGGAUUUUUGGUGAGAUUUUUUAAAUGAAGUCUUUUUUUCAAAAUGGAAGGGGGAUUUUUAAAGGAAGGAUUUUUUGGUGGGAUUUUUAAAGGAAGUCU